CCAACAACAGCAAAGUAGAAGGUAUUUUGCGACAACCCAAAACGAGGACUGUUUUUACAAUAUGGUGGACGAUUUACCAUGUGGGUCGUGUUGCAGUGAUUACGCACAGAAUUGACUUGUUCUUUCCAAAUCUCGGACCUGAUUGAAGCCACAAUGGAUGAAGAAGACUUUAUAACAGGAGAUCAUGUUCUCAAUGCCAGCGACGAAGAGGAGGAUCAUGUUGAAGCUGACCGGAAACAUGCCAAGUUGCUGGACUCCAUAUCAGCUCUGGACGGACAGAGAAGGUCCAAGCUAUCAGAGAGAACAGUUCUCACAGAGGCGGUGUCAGAGUUUGGAUUCAGCCAGGCCAAAGCUGAGAGGAAGGUGCGCCUACAUGAGCUGAUCGGCAGCCUACAGAACACAACAAGUCAUGGGGAACUAAAGAAGCAACUGCGAAGCUGUCCACAGAUCACAUCCAGAUCCAGAGAACGACAGCCUCACGAGAAGACCAAGGAUGACCUCACCAAGUGGAAUUCUGUUGUCGCUGAGAACAGAAAGGCCGAGCAGGUCUCGUUCCCCUGCAACAACCCACCCCGCACACCCCCUGAGAUCGAGAUCGCAGCGCUGCUACAGAAAGACAGUGACGCGCUUGGCAGCCAUGACAAGGAAUUAACUCCAGCAGAGGAGCGGGCUCUCAGUGCCAUGAGUCUGGAGGAGGCGAGAGAGAGACGAGCGGAACUACAGAAGUACCGGGCUCUGCUGACAUACAAGCAGGCAAGGGCAAAGCGGGAGAAGAAGAUCAAGAGUAAAAAAUAUCACCGUAUCCUGAAGAAGGAGAAGUUGAAGCAGGAGAAGGCGCGGAUGGAGGAGCUGCAGCGCACUGACCCUGAGGCCUACGUGGAGAAGCUGCAGCAGCUGGACAGGGACAGAGUGCAGGAGCGGAUGACACUGAAACACAGAGGUGGCAGCAAGUUCGCCCAGAGACAGAAGAUAUACGGCAAGUAUGAUGACAGGAGUCGAGAAGCUGUACAGAGCAUGAUACAGAUAAACAAAGAGCUGACCAAGAAGACCCAGCUAGAGGAGGAUAGCAACAGUGACUCCGAAGGAGGCGUCAGCGUACACAGCGAUGAGGAAGGAGAAAUGAUUGUCAGUGAACUGGGCAUGACAAGGGGAGAUAACCCUUGGAUGACUGCACGACCUAAAGUGUCAGAGUUUCAAAAGCCUGGUACAAUUACAAAUACCGCUCAGGAAAACAUUGUGUCUGAGGGAGAAACCAGUGAAGAGGAGGAACAACAGGAUGCUCCAGAGGAAGAGGAGCUGGAGGAAGACCAGGAUGUGCAAGAAGAAGAUGAGAGUGAAGAUAAUGAUAUUAGUAAUCUCUCUAAAACAGGGUGUUCAGGUUUGGAAUCAAAGAAGAGAAAAUCUGAGAGUGAAGGUGAAAAAACAGAAGUCCUAGCUUCAACAAAAAGUAAGAGAAGAAGAAGGAAGAGGAAGAAAGUAGACAAGAGUAUUGAUGAUGCAGUGGGGGAAGACAGUGGGAUAGGGGAUACCAUAGGUUCCAUUUUUGGUAAUUUGAGUAAGUCACGGUUACAAAUUGCAAAAACCUUAGAAUCAGAAAAAAAAAUAAGUGGUAAGAAAAAAAAGAAAAAGAAAAAUAAGAAAAAGAAGUCUAAUCAGGGUGAAACAAAUUCUAAGGAGAAGGACAAUGAGGAAGAUGAAGAUGAGGAUUUGAUGGAUCUGUCCCUAACAGAAAAAAAGACAUUAGAGGAUAUGGAGGGAGGCUUUGAGGAGACUGGAAAACAGAAGGGAAAUUCUAAAUUGGGGGGAAAGAAGGUGCAAACUGAGAGUGGACCCACAGAAAAGACCAAAACUGAAGAUGUGUAUGUGGACCCCAAGAAGCUGUUUACCCUGGAGACGAAGCUAUCUCACACGGCUGCUGUUGACAUCAUCACAGACGAAGAUGGAGGGAUGGACCCAGAAGAGCAGCAGAGGAUGACAAUUGCUCAGGCAUUUGCUGACGAUGAUGUGGUCGAUGAGUUCACGAAGGAGAAGGCCAACAUUGUAGACCGAGACCAACCCAAGAGCAUUGACCUGACGCUGCCAGGCUGGGGCGAGUGGGGAGGGACGGGACUAAAACCAUCCAGGAAGAAGAAGAAGAGAUUUACACUGAAGGGUCCUGAUGCUGCCCCGAGGAGAGAUCGACAUCUGGGGAAUGUCAUCAUCAGUGAGAAGCUGGACGACGCCAUCGCAAAACAUCAGGUGUCCAGACUUCCAUUCCCCUACACCAGCCCUCAACAGUUUGAACAAAGCAUCAGAGCACCUGUUGGGAAAAACUGGAACCCAGAAACGGCCUUCCGCAAGAUGAUCCAACCCAAGGUGCUGACAAAGCUGGGCUCUGUUAUCAAGCCCAUUGACAAAUCGGAGAUCUUUGAGAAAGAGAAACACCAGUCUGAAAAUACUGAGUCAAUGAAGUUUGGCCAAACUGGGAAUAAGAUGUCAGGCAAAAGGAAAAGGAAAGGAAAAUAAUUAAAAAAUCUAAAGAAAAUUGUAUAUAGUUGAAUAAAUAAACAAAAAAAGUCCA